CCCAGGCAGAAAGGCCUGCGGGCCGGACGCGUGACACAGUGGCCCUGACAUGUCUAGAGAGCCGGGGCCAUGAGGAUCACUGAGCGAGCCGCCCUGGACUGAGCCUGGGCGGUGCGCGGACUGACGGGGAUGCUAGCAGUUAGGAAGGUAAGGAGGAAACUCAAGAUGGGGACCAUCUGUUCCCCCAACCCCAGCGGGACGAAGGCGGCGUCGGAGGUCUGCAAUGCCGACUGGAUGGCCUCGCUGCCCGCUCACCUCCACCGCGUCCCCCUGUCCAAUCUGGCGAUCCCAGGCUCCCAUGAUUCAUUCAGCUACUGGGUAGAUGAGAAGUCCCCCGUGGGGCCUGACCAAACCCCCGCUAUCAAGCGCCUCGCCAGGAUCUCCUUGGUGAAGAAGCUAAUGAAGAAAUGGUCUGUGACUCAGAACCUGACCUUCCGAGAACAGCUCGAAGCUGGGAUCCGCUACUUCGACCUGCGUGUGUCCUCCAAGCCAGGGGACGCUGACCAGGAGAUCUACUUCAUCCAUGGGCUUUUUGGCAUCAAGGUCUGGGAUGGGCUAAUGGAGAUUGACUCGUUUCUUACACAGCACCCCCGAGAGACUGUCUUCCUGGAUUUCAACCACUUCUAUGCCAUGGAUGAGGCCCAUCACAAACGUUUGGUUCACCAGAUUCAAGAGGCCUUUGGAAACAAGCUGUGCUUGGCCUGCAAUGUGGAGAGUCUGACGCUGCAGAUCCUGUGGGAGAAGGAGCGCCAGGUUCUUAUUUUCUAUCACUGCCCCUUCUACAAGCAAUACCCUUUCCUGUGGCCUGGAAAGAAGAUCCCAGCACCCUGGGCAAAUACCACCAGUGUGCGCAAACUAAUCCUCUUCUUGGAGACCACUCUGAGUGAGCGGACCCCACAUGGAGCCUUCCAUGUCUCCCAAGCGAUUCUCACCCCCCAAGCAAAGACCAUCGCCCGAGGCCUGGUUGGUGGCCUCAAGAACACUCUGGUUCACAGGAAUCUUCCUGCCAUCCUGGACUGGGUGAAAACUCAGAAGCCUGGAGCCAUGGGCGUCAACAUCAUCACAUCUGACUUCGUGGACCUGGUGGACUUUGCCACGACUGUCAUUGAAUUGAAUGAUCUCCUGCAGGAGGAUAGAGCUUUGGCUAAAUGCUGAUUUAAGUUUUCAUUUAUCUUAAUGUUGAAUUUGUUGAUCCAGGCUAGAGUUCUGAAGGGUUUUCUGUUGGGAUGGCCCCUGGGCAGUGAUGGUGAAGUGAAUAGAAGGAGGAGGGUGUUUUUUCUUUUACCUCUCCUCACAGAGCCAUUUGGAUAAAAUUACAGACCUUUUAAUUGCAUUUUUCCCAAUGAGACUUUUGAAAACCUUAAGUCCAAGGGAAGAAAGCAUAUUUCAUGAGAUCAAGGCCAGUAUCUCCUCAAUGGCUUAUGAUGUUGAAUAUAAUGUGGAAAUGGAGUCUCCAAGAUCCACUGGGGUAUUGAGUGUCCCCCUACUAGGCCUAGUUCCCUAGUGUCUUCCAGGAUGUUGAGUUUUGGUGAGAAAACUGAACCAGAAAAGCAUUCCCAGUCAAAAGAAUGGCUCAUUGCACAUGUAGACUGCCCUGUGCUGUGGUUCUAAUAUCAAGCUUGGGCUUGAGGGAGAAAGAGCCAAGCACCAGUUCCCUCUAGACAUGUUGAAUGUCAUCACUUCUUCCCUGAGAAAGUGAGACAUUUAUCGCCAAGGUAGUUCAGCCACAAGCUGUUCUUGCAUAGCUAGUGUGUGGUAAGUGGUCAACUUCAUCCUUAGAUAAAUAGUGCAUACUGACCCUGGUGUCAGAAAUGUGUUUCCCAGUUUCAAAGCAUUGAUUCCUUUCUCUCUCUUUUGGCCCCUUAAAAGUGAAAGGAACAAGGAUAGGAGAUCUUUUCAUUGUGGGGCCCAACAACAGAUAGACAUGCAUGUUUGUUGCACGCCAAUUUUUUUUUUUUUUUUAUUUAAAUCUGUAGCUUUUCCCAAAAUGGCUGCCAGGUAAGCACCUGCAUCAUUUUGGCAAAGUCCUCUUUGGAGUGGGAUCUUCAAGCCAGAUCUUGGAAUUGCAUUUCUUUGUUGUCUGCCUUGGACUCGGGUCUAUGCCAUGGGACACAACACUAACGGAAUGUAGUUUGUCUGUGACACCGUGGAGGCCGACACAAGAUGCGUGGGAAAGUGCAAUGGAUUUAAGGAGGACAUGCCAAGUGGGUUUGGAGCCAUUCUGUAACUCCUUGAAAACAAGACUACCUCGGGGACAUUUAGGAUGACUUCGGUGUCAUCAAGUGAGAAGUACCCAGUGUUGGAACAUUUCCAGCUCAUGUCUUCCUUGUUCUAAGCCUUGUAAUCUCCACUGCAUGGGGGCUUUGAAACUCACGAGGGUUUUGGUUUUUUUUAUUGGUAAGAGGUGCUUAUCCAUAAAGAGCCCUCUUGUGUUUUAUUUAUUUAUUUAUUCAUUUAUUUAUUUAUAGAUUAAGUAUCUUCAGUGCUUCUUACCUCAAGAGCACUCACAAAGGAGCUUCCUGAACUUUUUCUCCAGGCCCGAUGCUGCCAUGGUCUUCCUCCUUAGCGGGACCACGCAUCUCAGGACUGUGAGUGACCUGUGGCUCUGCUGUAGAUGUCCUGGCUCCUCCAUCCUAAGGGCAGGCAGGGUGCACGUGUGGGUAUGGUCCAGAUCUGAGGAGCCACUCAGGAGCCACGCACUGGGGCAGAAGAUGAAUUGGGUCAUGAAGAACUCUCAGUUCUUGAGGAAUACCCUCCAGGAGAGGGUUGAAAAGGAAGCAGCUAGAAAGAAAACUGGGCUUGGGGAUGUGUGAACUUCAGUGCUCCUAAGAACUGCCCGAGAAUCCCCAAGGAAGUGUUAGCUUCUGGAUUCUUAAGGAGGAGAGAUAAACAUGCAAUCCUGGGUGGAUGUGUGCAUGUAUACCAAUCUCUGGACCACCUCCCAGCAGUUUCCCAUUUCUACUUCUCAAUUUUCAUUGCUGGAUUUGCAUGCUGCCUGUAGUAGGGGGUAUUCUAGAGUUGCUACUGACAGCACAUGCACACCCUCAACUCUUGGUCUUCCAACCUUUACUCUCUGUAAAGGAAUUUCAGCCCUGACCUUUAGCUUCCACAGCUUGAGGAGGUCUAACACAAAUGCCUCUGGGCAUUAACAUUUCCUUUUCUUGCAUUUGAGCUCC